CAAUCCACAGGGCCACCGACGAGUGGGACCCCAGAGGUAGUCAAAGGUGUCAGUCAACCUCGCCGGCGACGUGCGGCCGUUUUUCCGCCGGAGUGGGCGCAACGUCAGCAAUCCAUCCGCCGAUAAAUUUCUAUAUCCUCUUUCUCUCCCUCCCUCUGUCCCGCGACACGACACUCUGCCCUUGGACUAGGAGUGGGAGAGCAAGGGCAGGGAGUGAUGGCGAUAGGGGCGUUCGUGGACGCGCCGGCCGCCGGCUCCGGCGGGUACAGCGGCCGGGUGACGCCGUUCGUGGUGCUGACCUGCAUCGUCGCCGGCAGCGGCGGCAUCCUCUUCGGCUACGACCUCGGCAUCUCCGGUGGUGUCACCUCCAUGGACUCAUUUCUGAAGACGUUCUUCCCGGAGGUGUACCGCCACAAGCAGGACAGCAACGUCAGCAACUACUGCCAAUUCGACAGCGAGCUCCUCACCGUCUUCACCUCCUCCCUCUACAUCGCCGGCCUCAUUGCGACGCUGUUUGCGUCGUUUGUCACGAGGAGGUUUGGCCGCCGCGCAUCGAUGCUGAUCGGGGGAACCGUCUUCAUCGCCGGCUCGGCGUUCGGGGGAGCAGCCGUGAACGUGCCCAUGCUGCUCCUCAACCGGAUCCUGCUGGGAAUAGGCCUGGGGUUCACUAACCAGUCGAUCCCAUUGUACCUGUCAGAAAUGGCGCCACCGCAGUACCGCGGUGCGAUCAACAAUGGAUUCGAGCUCAGCAUCAGCAUCGGCAUUCUCAUUGCAAACAUCCUCAACUACUGUGUGGUGAAACUCGCAGCAGGGUGGGGCUGGAGGAUAUCCCUGUCCAUGGCCGCAGUCCCUGCUACAUUCCUGACCAUCGGUGCAAUCUUCCUCCCCGAGACGCCAAGCUUCAUAAUCCAGCGGGACGGCGACACCGACAAGGCGAGAGCCCUGCUCCAGAAGUUGCGUGGAACCACCUCGGUGCAGAAUGAGCUGGAUGACUUGGUCUCUGCCAGCAACCUCUCGAGGGCAGCCAGAUAUCCAUUCAGGAAGAUAUUCAAGAGGAAGUACAGGCCACAGCUUGCCAUGGUGCUCUUGAUCCCUUUCUUCAACCAGCUCACCGGGAUCAAUGUGAUGAACUUCUAUGCCCCGGUGAUGUUCCGGACAAUCGGCCUCAAGGAGAGUGCCUCCCUCCUGUCGUCGGUGGUCACGCGUCUCUGCGCGACAUUUGCUAACAUCAUAGCGAUGUUGGUGGUCGACAGGUUCGGGCGCAGGAAGCUCUUCCUCGUAGGAGGGAUCCAGAUGAUCUUGUCGCAGCUCGCUGUCGGCGCCAUCCUAGCUGCAGAGUUCAAGGACAAUGGGUUGAUGGAUAAGGACUAUGCUUUCCUUGUGUUGAUCACCAUGUGCGUGUUUGUGGCGGGCUUUGCAUGGUCAUGGGGACCUCUCACGUUCCUCGUCCCUACUGAGAUCUGCCCACUGGAGAUCAGAUCAGCAGGGCAGAGCAUUGUGGUCGCCGUGGUCUUCUUGAUGACGUUUGUGAUCGGCCAGACAUUUCUGGCCGUCCUCUGCCGCAUCAAGUCGGGGACGUUCUUCCUCUUUGCCGCGUGGAUAUGCGUGAUGACGCUAGUGGUCUAUCUGUUCCUGCCAGAAACAAAGAAGCUUCCGAUGGAGCAGAUGGAGCAGGUCUGGAGGAGGCAUUGGUUCUGGAAGAAGAUUGUUGGGGAGGAAGGUGAUAAGGAAGAGGAAGAAAAGGAGAGGCAAGAAAAGAAAAUCGACUCGCCAAGCUCCUAGCGACUUCUGAACUUGAAUGUAUUUCCAUCAGACUGCAAGGACAAACAUGGUACAGGAUUUUAAUUAGCAGAUAAGUUUGUAAGUAUGAUUGCAUCUAAUUGUGUCACCUGACAGACCUGUGGUUGCUGUUGCCAGUUCCUACAUAUGGCCAUUUCAAACGGUGAGAUUACUGAUAUGAAGUAACUGGAAUUUCAGAGAAAAAAGAUAGUACAAGUGAACCGUCUCUCAGAGUCAGAGGAGCUGGAUUGUCUGAUUAUGCAUCAUGACUUUUGCUAAAGAUGUAAAAGUGACAGGUCCUUGGAUGGCCAAACGGUGCACUCGUGCACAACCCAAUAGCUUGGAAAUAUGUCGAUAUAUCUGAAA